CGAGGGGCGCCUGCGCAGUGCUGGCGGUGCGCGCGGCGGCAUGAGCGGUUAGCUGGGCGCGCGGCGGCAUGAGCGGGGAGCUGGGCGCGCGGCGGCGCCUGCUGGAGGAGCGGGUCCGGCCCUUCCCGGACUUCCCCUGCCCCGGGGUGCUCUUCCGUGAUAUCACCCCUUUGCUAAAGGAUCCUAUAGCCUUCAGAACUGUGGUUGAUCUUUUGGAAGCUCAUUUGAAGGCACGCUACCCACAGAUCGACUUCAUUGCGGGUCUGGAUUCUCGUGGUUUCCUCUUUGGCCCAGUUCUGGCACAGAGACUAGGGAUUGGCUGUGUGUUAAUACGAAAAAAGGGAAAGCUUCCGGGUCCCACAGAAUCUGUCUCAUACGCGCUUGAAUAUGGCCAGGCUGAACUUGAAAUCCAGAGCGAUGCCGUGGAACCGGGAGAGAAAGUGGUCCUCAUUGAUGACCUGCUUGCAACUGGAGGUACCAUGUGUGCAGCCUGUGAGCUGAUGAAGAAACUGAAGGCUGAAGUCCUAGAGUGUGCGGUGGUCAUAGAGUUAAAAUCUCUGAAAGGGGCAGAAAAACUGAAACCGUUCCCUGUCUACUCUCUGCUGCAAUAUGACUAAUGAGCUUCAGAUCAGAGAAGAUUGCUAUGGUCUGAUUGCAGUUGCCUUCUUGGUGAAGAUCUUCUGCUGUUUCUUAUCUUGAUCAAUUGUUUGAAGACAACAAGCAGUCCCCUCCUCUGUCUUCUAAAAAAGGAGGAAGCUGCUCCCCAUUACAGCAAGGGCAGUUAGGCCUCUCUUGUUCCAGCUCAAUUCUGCUAAACUUGCUGCACUGUUUAUGCCUCCUUAUUCUGGGGAAACUGACAGAGCCAAAGGUAGUGUGUUUUUUUGGGGGGGUGGGGUGGGGGGGGAGUUGUCCUUCGAUCUAAAAUAUCAUUUAGAAGCCUUUAUAUCGUUCCAAUUUCAUGUUAGAUUUUGCUGUGGGUUUGGUGAGAAAUGAGGAAGGGCUUUGAGAUUUACUUGUGAUCAGGGGAGGAAUCAGUUUCUCUAGAUCGUGAAAACUAACAUGGUAUUGGACAUCUGUAUGAUGGCCCCUUUUAUUGUAUCCACAUGCUUGGGUUACAGCUGUUCUGUCAACCCUGGGAGCUGUACACAUUGGAAUUCUUCAAUUUGCAAUGCUAAUGGAGCGGUGGUGACUUGUUCAAUAUAAGAAAUGGGUGCAAGUCCCCAGCAUGUCUCACUCAUCCUAUCUCAUGUAAAACAUACAACUUUUUACAUGCCCCCUUCUUAUAUAUACAGUAAAGUUCCCUGAAUUCUGCCUUUAUCCUCAGGUUCCAGCAUACUGAAAGGUUACUGAGCUUGGGUUGAUAUUGUUGUCUCCCCUCCCCCCAGCCCCUUCAAUCAACUUCCUUGUUCCAAAAUACCCUCCAAUAUUGGCACAACCUAAAAAGGAAAGGGAAAGGGGAACUUUGCUCACUUUGCGUGCUUUAGCAUGAGGUCUAUUAAAAGCAUUCUAGUUACUAGGGUGGAGAAAGUUUGAUAGGCAGAUUUUUAGAAAAAAGACUCCUAAUUGCAGUGUGUGAUCUAGCUGUAACAUCCAACUCUGUCACAAACACUUAAAAAUCAGAGCCAGGGUACCCAAAUCUCCCUAUGGAUGAGAGAGGAUGCUUUGGGUUGUAACUAAUAUUUGUAAUGGCUGUCUUCAAUUGAAUCUGUAGCUGAUUAGUUUUGAGAAUUAAAAGGUCAAUAUUUA